ACCUCACAAAACAUUGCUCAUGUCAUUUCAACGCCUUUUGCUUUUUGACAACUGGUAGCCGCACGCGAGUAUUGCACGAGUGAUUUCAAUUAGCUGUGAGAAAGUUCAAUAAAAAUCUUUAAAAAUGUUUGGAGGACAACAACCAAUACUUGUGUUAAGUCAAAACACAAAGCGUGAAUCCGGCCGUAAGGUGCAGCUGGAGAAUAUAAAUGCCGGAAAGGCAAUAGCGGACGUUAUUCGCACAUGUCUUGGGCCACAGGCUAUGCUAAAAAUGCUUAUGGACCCCAUGGGUGGCAUAGUAAUGACGAAUGAUGGUAAUGCCAUAUUGCGUGAAAUUACUGUCCAACAUCCAGCUGCCAAGAGUAUGAUUGAAAUUGCUCGCACACAGGAUGAAGAGGUUGGUGAUGGCACCACUUCUGUAAUUGUUUUGGCCGGAGAAAUGUUGGCCGCUGCUGAGCCUUUUUUGCAACAACAAAUUCAUCCCACAGUCAUUAUUCGUGCAUACCGUGAAGCUCUUGAGGAUAUCAUCAAGCACUUACAGUCAGAUCUGAGUGUACCACUUGACGUAAACAACAAGGAAAAAAUGGCUGAAGUUGUCAAGGCAUGUGUCGGCACAAAAUUCAUUGGAAAAUGGUCUGAUCUAGCUGUGAAAAUUGCUUUGGAUGCUGUUCAGACUGUGGCAUUGAAUGAAAAUGGCCGUUUGGAAGUUGACAUUAAGCGAUAUGCUAAAGUGGAGAAAAUCCCCGGUGGAAGCAUUGACGAAUCAUGUGUACUGAAGGGUGUCAUGAUCAACAAGGAUGUAACACACCCUAAAAUGAGACGUUACAUCGAAAAUCCACGUAUCGUAUUGCUGGAUUGCUCCCUUGAAUAUAAGAAGGGCGAAAGUCAAACAAACGUUGAAAUUAUUGGUGAGCAAGAUUUCACCCGCAUGCUGCAAAUAGAGGAAGAGUUUGUGCAACGCAUCUGCGCAGAUAUCAUUGCCGUCAAACCAGAUAUUGUGUUCACAGAAAAAGGUGUUUCCGAUUUGGCGCAACACUACUUGCUCAAGGCGGGUAUUACCGCUAUCCGACGUCUGCGUAAAACAGACAAUUUACGUAUUGCGCGUGCAUGUGGUGCUACGAUUGUCAACCGCACAGAGGAAUUGUCAGAAAAAGAUGUCGGCACUGGUGCUGGUCUCUUUGAGAUAAAGAAAAUUGGCGAUGAGUACUUCACAUUUAUAACCAACUGCAAAGACCCCAAGGCGUGCACUAUUCUACUACGCGGUGCAUCCAAAGACAUAUUGAACGAAACCGAACGUAACUUACAAGAUGCUCUACAUGUGGCCAGAAACUUAAUUAUUGAGCCACGUUUGGUAGCUGGUGGUGGUGCCAUUGAAAUGGCUGUAUCCCAGUUAUUGUCACGUAAGCAACUGAAAGGACCAUAUACUGCCGUGGCACAAGCACUGGAAAUCAUUCCACGUACGCUGGCACAAAACUGUGGUGCCAACACCAUUCGUACAUUAACUGCGUUGCGUGCAAAACAUGCAUCCCACUCUGGUGAUGCAGUCUGCGCUUGGGGUAUCGAUGGCGAAUCAGGCGAAAUCGUAGAUAUGAAUAUCAAGGGUAUCUGGGAACCAUUGGCUGUGAAAAUGCAGACAUAUAAAACCGCCGUUGAGACAGCUAUUUUACUGCUGCGUAUUGACGAUAUUGUCUCCGGCUCGAAAAAGCGAGGCGAUGAUAUUGUGAACCCUGCUGCUGCCGCACAGGGCCAAGAAUAAAGAUCAAGAAAAAAAGCAUGAUCAAAUCGUAUUACCAUUUUAAUGUCGCUAAUAUAUACUUUAUAUAAAACUACAAUUCACUUUGCUUAAAACAAAUUAAAAAAAAAAAAAUAUUUAAAUACUUUCACUUACACUGUGUUUCUGUUAAACACACACUCUUUAUUGAUUCUUAAAAAAUUUGUAUUUGAGUUCUAUUAAAAGUGAAUGAAACAAAAUAAACACAAAAGUUGCGCUUUAAAUAAUUUACCGUACGCUACUGAACUAUAUCGUAAACGCUUGUGACGAAUUGCAAGAUCAACGUCGCCUUCAUAUAUGUAAUGUACACUUUCUCAUUAACAUUUAACAAUAAAAUGAAAAAUAACUUAAAA